CGCACAUUGAGGGUCCACUAGGCGCGCGUGCGUCCUGCCGCGCGGUCUUGCGCAUGAGCAGAUCGGCCCGCGAGGGCGGAAGUGAGGAGCUAGUGCGCGGAGGUGGGGCCGCCGCGCUUGCUGCGGGGUGGGCGAGCGACCGACAUGGCGACCCCCGCGAGCCCUCUAGCUCCCGUGGCAGUCCUGAUGCUGUUGCUUUGUGGGGCUCCCUGGACCCACGGGCGGCGGAGCGACGUGCGCGUCAUCACGGACGAGAACUGGAGAGACUUGCUGGAAGGAGAGUGGAUGAUAGAAUUUUUUGCUCCAUGGUGUCCUGCUUGUCAAAAUCUUCAACCAGAAUGGGAAAGUUUUGCUGAAUGGGGAGAAGAUCUUGAGAUUAAUGUUGCAAAAGUAGAUGUUACAGAACAGCCAGGACUGAGUGGACGAUUUAUCAUAACUGCUCUUCCUACUGUUUAUCAUUGUAAAGAUGGUGAAUUUAGGCGCUAUCAGGGCCCAAGGACUAAAAAGGACUUCAUAAACUUUAUAAGUGAAAAAGAGUGGAAGAGUAUUGAACCUGUUUCAUCAUGGUUUGGUCCAGGCUCUAUUCUGAUGAGUAGUAUGUCAGCACUCUUUCAGCUAUCUAUGUGGAUCAGGACUUGCCAUAACUAUUUAAUUGAGGACCUUGGAUUACCGGUAUGGGGAUCAUACACAGUUUUUGCUUUAGCAACUCUGCUUUCAGGACUAUUAUUAGGACUCUGUAUGAUAUUUUUGGCAGAUUGCCUUUGUCCUUCAAGAAGACACAGACCACAGCCAUACCCUUCCAAAAAAUUAUUACCAGAAUCUUCUCAACCUUUGAGAAAAGUCGAGGAGGAACACGAAGCUGAUGACGAAGAUGUUUCAGAAGAAGAAGCUGAAAGGAAAGAAGGAACAAACAAAGACUUUACGCAGAGUGCAAUAAGACAACGCUCUGUGGGUCCUUCAUUGGCCACAGAUAAAUCCUAGUUAAUUUUUUUGACUAUCAAUAUGAUUUGGACAUAAACAGAUGAAUCAUUUCUUUUGGUUUGAAGUGAACUGUAAUUUUGUACACUGGAGGAUUCAGUCUAUAUUGUCAUUAGAUUGAAAGGUCUGCCUUCACAAAAUAAAAGAUAGCACUGUGUAAAAAGUUUGAAAUAGGAUAUAACAAUAGUAUGGUGGUUUAAACAGUUUUUUAAUAUUUUGAAGAAUCUGGUGCCAAGCAAUAAGAUUUGUGUAUGUUUGUUUAAUAAUAACCUUUCAUAAUAAAAUUUUUCUGAGUUAAAAACUUACACUUCCCAAGUAUUGCAUUAUUGAGGUAUUUAAGGAGAUUACAGAAAAAGAUUUCUCAUUUUAUAAAGUUUUUCUGUUUCACUGUGUGAAAAAACACACACCAUAUUUCCCAUAAAUGGGAACUUUGUUCACUAUCUCAAAAAAUAGUAUUUCAGUGACAACUCUGGUCCUUUUAGAAAUAUAGUUCAAAAUUUCCUUGUAUUUUUAGAUUGCACAACUAAUAAAAACUACCUUAAUUACAGUUUUUUACACAUAGAUAUGCUACUGGUUUAGGAAGUUUUCAUAAGUCCAUGGUGUUGUCUUGAUUCCUAUAAGGUUGGUUGCUGUUUCUGUUCCUGUGAUCAGUGUCUUUUCUUACCAUGCCAUGGGCUACAUUUUUCAUUUUCCAAAUUGGAUAGUAUCCUGGAAAUAUUUUUCAUGUUUUAAUAAAUAGUAUUUUAUUUUGUUGUUGCAAACAAGUUUACUGAGGGCUGUUUACAGUUGAAGAGUUGGCCCAGCCACUAUGGCGCAGGGAUUGAGCAUUGACUUAUGAACCAGGAGGUCAUGGUUUGAUUCCUGGUCAGGGCACAUUUCUGAGUUGCAUAUUCAAUCCCCAGUUGGGGCAUGCAGGAGGUAGGUGGUCAAUGAUUCUUAUCAUUGAUAUUUCUCUCCCUUCUCUGAAAUCAAUAAAAAUAUAUUUUUUAAAAAUUGAAGAGCUGCCUACUGAUAAAACAUUUUGGCCACUGAUUAGAUUUUUAAAUCAUUCUUAUUGAACUUGGACUUGGACUUUUUUUUUAAUGUGAAGGUGAACAUUCCUGAUUUUUAUUUGAUGUGGAAAAGCUAUUUUACAUUUUAAGAAUUUAUAGAAGCUUAAUCUGAUAUAAAGUUAGCAUUCUACUAAGGCAGUGAUGGUGAACCUAUGACACGUGUGUCAGAGGUGACACGCGAACUCAUUUUUUUUGUUGAUUUUUCUUUGUUAAAUGGCAUUUAAAUACAUAAAAUAAAUAUCAAAAAUAUAAGUCUUUGUUUUACUAUGGUUGCAAAGAUCAAAAAAUUUCUAUAUGUGACACAGCACCAGAGUUAAGUUAGGGUUUUUUAAAAUGCUGACACUCUGAGCUCUUUUAUAGUAUUGGUUUUCAAUAUACAUUUGUCCUCAAAUACAGAAAAUUCUUAAAUGAUUUUGCAAAGUCGUAUCGUUUUAAAAUGUUUUUAUGUGUUUGAGAAGACAUACUUUGUAUUCUAUACUUUCUAUUGUGUGAUGUUUCAUAGGUGGGAAUCAUCAGGAUGGGACAUUUAAUAUAUUUUUACUCUUUAAAGAGUUAGAACACAGCAAAAAUGAGGUUAGUGUGGGGUGGCAAUAGAGAACUGUAUUGGCUUUGAGAAGGGGGAAAAACUAUUCAGGAUGAAUCACCUGUCUAUUAUGUAAUAGAUGAUUUCUGUAAUGUCCCCUCUCAUCUAGUUUCUUCCUCUGUGUUGGUUCAUCAGACUUACAGUUUCAUAAUGUACAACAGUUAUCUUUAAAUGCCUCUCCUGUAGAAUAUUAAGUAUUCUACCACUGAAGAGCUUGGAUGUGUAGUAAUUUUGUGAUGCUUUAGAAAAAUAUUCUAAGCACAAAAUAAACUUUUCUAAGACUUCA